AUGCCGUCAGAUUUAUUAGUUUCCGCAUCAACUGAAGUUAAAGUAUGGGAUUUACAGACAAGUGUAGGAGACUUAAAAACUAAAGGAAAAUCUGCUACAAGUAUCCCAGAACAGCUUUCGGGUGUCGUAAUAACUUCUUUUGCGCCUGUCGAUUUGUCAACAGCUGUCAACGCAGUUCGAUGGAACCACGAUGGUCAACAAUUGGCCGUAGCAGGAAAUAAAGGAAAUCUUACGAUACAUGAUUCACAAGGAAAACUCCUCGAGACCAUACCAUUGAAUGAAGAAGGAUCGGAUAUACCGGAUAUAAACGUUGUUCGGUUUGCAAACAAAUCACGAUACGUAUUAUAUGGAGGGUCCAAUAAAAUUGUCAACAUUUGGGAUCGUAAAGAAUCAAUGUUUACCGAACCAUUGAAGUCAGUAAAUGUUCUGGAAUAUUCUUUUUUCAAACGAGGGCUAUUAGCAGCUGGUGGCGAGGACGGAUCAUUGCGAUUAUGGGAUACUAGUGCUUCUUCAACGGCUUUACAAACAUUUGAGAAUGCACAUUAUUCUGAGAUAAAAGGGAUCGCAUUUUCGCCUUUUAAUUCAUAUUUAAUGUGUAGUGGUGGUUUGGAUAAACGUAUUGUUCUGUACGAUGUUGGUAAAAAGACAACUUUGAAAACUAUACAUACAGAUAUACCUUUGACGGCAUUGGGAUUCAAGGCAAAUGGCGUGACUAUGGUUGCAGGCACAUCUCAGGCAGCCAGUAAACCUGUGUGCAUAUUAUGUGAACAUGAACCACAUUCUAUUAAGUGCUUACAUUUUCAGGAAAAGGAUCGUUCUGCGGAUCGGCGGAAUACAAUUGUUAAGAAACAGAAUCAUGUUCGAACAUCAUCAAGAGGUUCAACUCUUCCGGCUUCAAAUAGGCUUUCAAAGCCUUCACCACCGCCACAAACUCCAAAUGAGACAAAGGAAAAAAAUUAUAUGGAUAUGUUUUCGCCAGUGAAAGACGUCCAGGUAGAUGAGACUAUACUAAACGAUGCAAAGGCUGAAGAACAAAACGCUGGCUUAUUCAAAGGUGAUAUACUAAAUACCGGUGCAAUGGAUAAUACUUUAAGUACUGGGGCAAUGGAUAAUUUUCUAAGUACUGGGGCAAUGGAUAAUAUUCUAAGUACUGGGGCAAUGGAUAGUAUUCUAAGUACUGAGACAAUGGAUGAUCUGAAGACCAGAAUUGUUUCCAAAGUUAAGGAGACAAUAGGCGGUGUCAAAAGGAUAUCCAUAGGGAGUGGUGAUUCAUUCUUGUCCAACGUUGACAGCCCUAAGAAACGAGUUGCAUUUAUGGAUAAUGAUGUGAUGUCAGAGAGUCAAAAGAUAGUGACAACCGACGAG